AUGACUGAAGUGAAAGAAAAACUCCCGGAGGUGGAGAUUGAGGCUGCCUCAAUCCUGUCCAUCCCCGACAACAAGCUCAAAAAGCACCUCAAGCCCAGACACGUCAAUUUCCUAGCCUUGGGCGGAUCUCUUGGGGUCGGGCUUCUUAUUGGAAGUGGGGGCUCCUUAGCCAUUGCCGGACCUGUCGGGAUGCUUCUCUCGUACAUGAUCAUGGGACUGAUCACCAUGUGCACACUGUUCUCGCUGGCCGAGAUGUGCUCUUUGCUGGGCAGCGAGGGUAAUUUCGUUGAGAUGGUCUCACGAUUUGUUGACAAAUCGGCCGGAUUUGCGUACACCUGGUGCUACGCGCUCGGCUACAACCUGACACUACCGUCUGAAAUCUCCUCAAUCUGUCUUUUGAUCGGCUACUGGGACACGGAAAAAAAACUGCCCGAUUAUGCGAUAGUGCUGAUCUUCACGUUUUUCGUGCUUAUGGUCAACAUUGUGGACGUGGGCGCGUAUGGAGAGGUGGAGUUCUGGAUCACCAUGGUCAAGCUGCUUCUGAUUGUCGGAAGCAUGAUUUUCUAUAAGCCUGUUGGCAAGUUCUUAGGAGUUUGGAGAGUAUUCAUCAACGCUGGUUUUGGCUUUCAAGGAACUGAAGUUGUUGCCUUGACAAAUAGCGAGGUGCCAAAUUUCCGAAAAAUGGCCCCGUCCCUGAUGAAGUCGGUGAUUGUGCGGAUUAUCACCUUCAACGUUGUUUCGUUGUUUAUGGUCACUUUGAUGGUUGCAUCCAACGACGACAAGCUCUUGAGCGCGGUCAACGCCGGGGCAGGAAACGGCGCAGAGUCGCCGUUUGUCAUUGCUGUCGAAAAUGCCGGGGUGAAAGUACUGCCUUCUGUAGUCAAUGGUGGCAUUCUCAUUGCUGCCAUGUCUGCGGCCAACACCCAGAUCUACAUCCCCUCCAGAACAUACUUCUUUGGUCAAAAAUACGGCUACUGUCCCAAAUUCCUGACAAUCACCAAUAGAAACGGCGUGCCGUACUACUCGGUGAUCUGCAACGCCGCGUUCGGUCUUCUCGCGCUGCUCACUCUCAACAACACCGCAGAGCAGGUCUUCAACUGGCUGAUGAACCUGACUACCGUGUUUGGUUUUAUUGGCUGGACACUGAUCAAUUACGCUUUCAUCAGGUACUACUAUGGGCUAAAAAAGCAGGGCAUUGACCGAGACGAGCUUCCCAUCUACAAAUCGCCUCUCCAGCCGUACUCGGCUAUUUUUGCAGCUUUGAUGCUGGUGCUGAUAACGUUCACGCAGGGAUUCACCGCUUUCAUUCCCUGGGAUACGCAGAACUUUUUUGCUGCCUACAUUUCGCUGGUGAUUUUUGUUGUUUUCUGGGUUGGCUACAAAGGUUGCACCAAGAAUUUCAGACAGAUUCCGCUGGAAAAUAUUGAUCUGAGCUAUUCGCAAGACGAAGACGAGCUAGAGUAUCACUCAAGAGCAGCGAGAUACAUGGAUAAGGUCUUUAGCUGAUUCAUAAGCAGGAACAGAUCUGGGCUCUGCUUGUCUAUUUCAUCCAUAUUUAAGUUAAAAAUAUCUCGGUAAAAUUACGCUCUAGGGCAGUUAUGUUUUGCUUAGAAGCCGUCAAACCUCUUUUCGACCAAACCUGUUCACUUACAAAACCGUGCCCUAAUCGAUCAAAUUCCAAAUGCGUCCAAGAGCUGUUGUUUAGCAGACUUCUUUCUCCAGUUGCUCAACGAUUGACGAAUGUCCUGUCUUAGAGUCAAUUUCGUUGGUCCUUGAGAAACCUCUUUCUCUUCGCCGCUCGUGGCGGUAACGUCGGCCACAGACGCCGACUCCAAGGCAGUGUCGUUCUCAUAAACAUCGGCCUUGUCGGUGAGCUGAACGUUGUGAACAAGCAGCAUCAUAAUGAGCAUAGGAGUGAUGACGCCCACAGUGGCCCAUCCAAUGAUCUGCUGCGUUUCGCGGUAGGCCCUGGCAAUGGCAUCUCUCUCCUCGGUUCCCUUCUUGUACUUGAGAGCCACCUUGAUGCUGCUGUAAAUUUUGUUGGCGUUGCUCUUGGUGUCUUCUGGCAGAUACUUAUUAAGCUUGGACAGAAUCACCGUGUUCCAGAUCGAGCCUGCAAUGGCAGAGCCAAUCAGAGAGCCAAUGGAGCUGAAUGCAAGGAAGAAAGCAGUCGACAUGGCAAUGUUGUGACGGCCAGCCACAGCUUGCACAAUCACCUGCAACGCGCACUGGUAGAAACCUCUGCCUGCACCGAUAAACACCUCGGCCAUGUACAGAAGCGGCCUGGCAGCCAUGCCGUCGCCCGUGUUGACAAAGUACACCAACAGAACGUGUCCCAGGUAAAGGAGAAUAAUUCCUGAGGUGACAAACAGUUUGGAGCGUUUGGUAUACUUCAUCAUGAGUCCUCCCACAACGCUGAAAAUUUGGAGACACGCCUUCUUCGAGUUGUCGAUCCUGCUGGCCUCUCCAACAGUCACGUAGUCGGAAACCUGAAGCACCGUCUUCAUAUACGUGGAGAAGGCCGAGUUCUCACACCAGUCCAGAGCAACAAUGAUGCAGGCGAGCAACGUGGUUUUUUGCAACAGGGCCUUGUGUUGCACAAACGGAUACUUGGCAACCUUGGUGUUCCACAGGAGGAACAGACAGAAAAUGACGAACCCAACCACCAGAAGUGCAAUGAGCCUGGCUUCGUGCCAUUUGUAUGGACUGGACUUUCCGGUCAGUGUGAGUGGAAUGAAAAAGAGCACAAGUCCAACGGCCAUCAGAAUGCCUCCAAACAGAUCCAGUUUGACAAACAGGUAGUAUCCGGCCUUCUUGAAGAAGUUUCCUUCAGGAAGGCCCUCGAAAGACUUGAUAAUCUUGUCUUGACCAGUGGAUUUGGUCUUGCGGUCGACAAUGUACAUCAUAGUGGUCAGAACAAGACAAGAGACGAACAUGACAAUGGCCCACAUUCCAUAGCCCCAUCUCCAGGUGGAGUGCUCGAUGAAAGCGUCCUGAAUGACGGAUCCGACGUAAAGAGAAGGCACUGCCGCAAUGGCGUCCGGAAGCUGCGACAUGAGACCACGGUUGAUGAGAGAGGAAGUAUCAGCAAUGAACACCUGCUGGAACACACGGUACCCAAUUUUGCCAACAGCGUACAGAAUCUCUGCACAGACAUAAGUUUGCACGUUCUGGCAUGCGGCGUAAAGAACGUACGCCAUGGUGUACACAAAGACAGAGAAACCGAAACCCUCACUGCGGCCGAAAAGGUCGUUGAGCUUGGCCAUUAUAGGAUACGAGACGAUUGCCGUGAUUUUGUAGGUGACAUCGGCGGUGGAAAUCAGGGCAUGGGCAUCAAAAUGGGACGUGGCGUAGGAAUCCAGACCCGACGUGGAGUCUCCGGCAAAAGUUUCGACAAAAGCUGC